AAUAGAUUCUUACCAGGACUUCUGAGAGAAGUACCAAGUAAAUGCAGGUUUUGUAAAUGUAAUAGGAAACACCCAGUGGUAGAUAACACUGUAAUUUUCCUAGUAAAUGGGAAGUCUUUCCUUUUGUAGAAAAGUUUUUAUUUUAUUCCCAGUUUGCAUCCAGGUGCUGUGAUGAUAGUCUGAAACUGGAUUUGAGAAGCUUUAGGUCUCCAGGCUGGCAGGCCUUAACAAGAAGUGUUAGGUUUAGGCAUCUGAGUAGCCCCCUAAAUAAAGUAUUUUAAGCUAAUUAAAUAGUUUAUAAACCUAAAGGAUCAUUUAUCUUGUAGAUGUGAUAUAUGUUUAUGAGCAUAUGUGGAUAUACUCACUCAGAUAAAAGCUGACAAUUAAAUUCAGUUAGAGAUUGGUAUAUGACACUUGCCUAAAUUUACAUAGAUUAGGUUAAUACCUUUGCAGUGCCAGAGUACCAGCCCAUUGUUGUCUUCUCUCCCAAACCCACUUCUCCCCUGUUCACCUUCAUUGUAAUCUACAGCUUUUCAUUUCAGCAUUCCUGUGUCUGUAGUUAAGCAUUGCUACUUUCAGUGGUGAGAGGGCAAACAAAAAAUGAUGCCAUGGUGUUUCUUUUUGAUUUAAGAACCAUACAUAUUUUUCAGCUUGCAUAUUUUAGAAGCAAUUUUUGGCCCAAUUCCAAAGCAAAGAGUGUUUAAAGACUGUAUUUCUCUUUUAAUCCCACAUAUCACUCUAUGAGGGUAAUGAAUGUUCUUACAAUGCGAAAUUAAAAGCUAGGCAUUAUGAAGUGUAUUUGUUAGCUGUGGUAGUAUGAUUUUAUAGUGAUACUAUUAUUGCUUAUUUUUAGUCCUGUUUGCGAUAUUGAAGUGCCAGAAAGGCUGUCUUCCUCUUAUACGCAGCUGAAGUGUUAUCAUUUGUUGGAAAGAUGUGUCCAUGUGCCUGCCAGAGAAGGAAGCGAGGAGGAGAUCCUGUUGGUUCACAGUUCGGAAUACUUAGAAGUGGCAAAAAGCACCCAAACAAUGAAUGAAGAGGAACUGAAAAAAGUCUCUGGAAAUUACGAUGCUUUCUUCUUUCAUCCGGUGUAACACUUACCGCUGUGCCAAGCUAGCGGUAGGAGCAACUUUGCAGCUGGUGGAUGCUCUGAUGUCCGGAAAAGUGUGCAAUGGAAUGGCAUUAGUAAGACCUCCAGGUCACCACAGCCAGAGAAGUGCAGCUAAUGGGUUCUGUUUGUUCAACAAUGUUGCUAUUGCAGCAGAAUAUGCAAAACUGAAAUACAGUCUACACAGAAUCCUGAUUGUUGACUGGGAUGUGCAUCAUGGGCAAGGAACUCAGUAUAUAUUUGAAGAGGAUCCAAGUGUUUUGUAUUUUUCCUGGCAUCGCUAUGAACAUCAGGAAUUCUGGCCAUCACUCAAAGAAUCUGAUUAUGAUGCUGUGGGUCGGGGAAGAGGAAAAGGUUUUAACAUAAAUUUGCCUUGGAAUAAGGUUGGGAUGGGAAAUUCAGAUUACCUUGCUGCAUUCUUCCAUGUGUUGCUUCCAGUGGCUUUUGAGUUUGAUCCUGAGCUGGUCAUUGUCUCUUCUGGAUAUGAUUCUGGAAUUGGUGACCCCGAAGGUCAGAUGAAUGCCACUCCCGAAGUUUUUGCCCACCUUACCCAUUUCCUGAUGCAGUUGGCUAAUGGCAAGCUGUGUGUCAUCCUAGAGGGUGGGUACCAUUUGAAGUCAUUGUCUGAAUCCGUCUGCAUGACUGUAAGGACUUUGCUUGGAGAUCCUAUACCUCAAAUAACUGGAGAAAUGGCACCUUGCCUAAGUGCUGUUGAGUCUAUUCAAAAUGUGAGAGCAGCCCACAAACCCUACUGGAAGUGGUUGAUGUAUGAAGACGUAUCAUUUUUACAAAACUUGAGCACCAAAUCACACCUACUAACAAAAGCUGAUCCAAGUCCCUCCACAGAGCAUGAAUCUAAGAUAACUAACAACAACAAAAUUGUUGAAGUAGAAAGGUUUUUGGAACUGCACAUGAAAAACAUUCUAUUUCCAGUGCCUCCCAUCAAAACAGCAACAACAAUUGACUCUAAAGGGUCAGCACAUUUUCUCCCUGGACCUGUUCAUUUGGUGAAGGAAAUGGACAAAAGUGAAAUCAAAGCUCUUGUCAGUGGCUUUUACGUAGACAUUGUGAAAGAGGACAAAACUCUGUUCUCUCUUGGCAGUGUGUUGGCUGUCCUAGAUAAAAUACUUAAGAAGGAGGUAUGCAAUGGAAUUGCAGUAUCCCCCACUGCUGUGUCUGUUCCUGUUGCACUAAGACAUUCUGUUCAGUUUGGAUUUCAAAGAGUGCUUUGUAUAUUUGUUGGGGACAUGCAAAUCAGACCAAAUACAGAAGAUGGAAAAGUACUCAUGGUACAUAUUUGUGAGAAAGAAGAGUUUGGAAAGACCAGCUCCAAACACUAUAUUUCUCUAAGCUGGAAAGAGGAUGCCAAAGGAAAUGAUUUCUUUCCUGCUGUACUUGGAGUAAUUCUUCCUGUAGCAUACAGUUAUCAACCAAACUUGACAGUAAUAGCUGUUGGACCAAACAGGAGCCUUGGAAUAAGUGGGAUUUCUCUGCUUUUUGCUUUGCUACAAGGAUUAGCUGAAUCUCGCAUUUUUGCAGUGAUUGAGGAUACGGAGAUAAACUUAGUGCAAAGUGUAGCCAAAGCAUUAGUGGGUACUUCUACACCUCACUUUGGAGUUUUUGUACCUCCUACCCAGGAAAAAGUAAAACAAAUAAAAAUAUUAAGAGACCAAUUUCAGCAGGAAUGGAAAAUGCUUCAGUGUUCAGUGAAGGAUGGGAUUUCAAGAAGUUGACUUCAGAAUCAUUUUACACAGCAGAAGAAAAUGUGUUGCUGUUCAUGUUGCCUUUUAAAUCACCAGGAAAAGAGCUGGUCAAUCUCUAAACAGAGUGAGGGUCAUUUACAAUUAUCUUCUGUUUUUAAAACCGUUUAAAUGAGUAUUUUCAGCUGGAGAACUCUGCAAAUUCUAUAUCGGCACUAGUUAUUUGGGACUGAUGCCUGAAACAAUUCCUGUACUUCAUGACUACAAACUGGGGCCUGUGUCGUUUGUGACAUUGUAAAGCAGGCUUGUAUGCAGUAGCUUGACUCAAGUUCAAGAAUUCCAGAAGACAGGCAUCUGAAAUGAGCAAUCAUAACAGCCAAAACAUUUUAGUACUAUUCAACAUUAUGCAAAAGUGCUUACACUGCUGCCACUACCAAUGCUUCAUUGGGAGUUUAAGCUUAACAACCAUUAUCAUCACAAGUGUGAUACAGGACAUGCACACACUGUAGGUGUUCAGCUGCUUUUCUUCCUUUUUACAACUGACAACUGUCCAUUAGAAAAAUUAAAAGAACAGACAAUGUUAGGUGAAUCCUUUGUAUCAGAUUAUGAAAUAAAAUUUCACUUGUGAUGAUAAUGGGAAUGGGCAUGAGAGAAAAAAGAAAAAUUGCAUUUAUAACCUGACAUAAUUGAAUAGAGCAGUGUAGAGGGGACUUCACUCACCCUUCUUUCCAAACGUAGCUUGUUUCUGUGACAGAUAAAAACCCCAAACCCCCAGAGGUUUGGUAGUGGUCUAAGGCUGACAUCAUGUCAAUUCUCAAAAUUAAAUAACAUCCUGAGGCAAUAGCCACAGCCUGCCCUAUUUUGCAGCAUUCCAGAUUGUAACUGAGGGCUCAUGUUUAAGAGCACUUCUCUGUGUGACUGGGACUUCAAUAAUGUGACCUUUUAAUUUUAAACACUAAAAAUGAUGUUUAUACUGGUGUUGCUGCUGGGAUCAGCUUGACAUUAUCUUAGUAACUAAAUCUGUCUUUGCAAUUUUCUGUUCUCACUGAUACCCUUCUCAUUGGCACUGCUUU